UGCCACAAUAAAUGCUAUCAAAUCUGCUGUUAGACGUGCUAUGUCUAGCGCCAAGUCGAGAGAAAUACCACUAGAGGAAACUAUUCGUAAAGUCCUUCAAAGUGAACUUAAAUUAAUCUUUCCUGCACAUUUUUUCCAAGAUUCUGCCGGAGGCACUUCCAGCAGUCUCAUUGCGUUUAAACAGAUAGUGGCUCCUAUGGAGUCGAAGAUGGUAUCUCAAAAUAAUAUCCCUUCGGCUUCUAAAGAUUCAUCUCUGGAUGAGUCCAUGGGACUGCCGAAUAGUUCCAUUCGACCCUUCCUACCUCCUGCCCUCUCCAAAUCUGGUAUAAGCGAGAGGUUGAUAUAUGAAAUUUCUUUCUUAAUUCUUCCAAGGGCUUGGACUUCAUAUCCCGGUGGAGGGUUAAUCAUAUUGAGAAUCAGUAUUAUGCGGAGUAUCGGAAGGAUUAGUUCUACGCAUGGUAUGGAGACUAUUUGUGGUAUUAGUAAAAAUAUGCAUAAAAAAUUAAUACUACAUGGAGUAUCAGAAGUAUUGAGAGUAUCAGGAGUAUCAGUGCUAUACGCAUUAUGGGAUCCAGCUAUCCUAUAA